AGAUUGAAGUAUCAAUACAAAAGUAUAAGCAAAUCAAUAUUGUAUCACCAUUACCAACACUUGAUGAAAGUACUGAUUUAUAUUAUAUGAAAUUAAAUAUAAUAUCUGAAGAAGAACUUGAUAGCGAAGAUAAUCAAUUAAAUGAAAUUGAUGUAAAUAUGAAUGAUAGUAUUACAGAACAAAUUGAAAAUACUAACUAUCUGACUAUUAAUAAUAAGGCUAAAUAA